CAGUUAUGAUUGUGAGGCCAAUGUAGGUUACGCCCCCAGCAAAAGAGUUUGUAAACAUUGUAUACGUACGCGUUUUGUUUCUGUAUAAACAUAUCACAGUUCGGCCUAGCAACCAAAUUAGGAUUAUACAAACACUAGAAGCAGUCUGUCUAUCAAAUCUGACAGAAAAGUCUACAGUGUCUACCAAUCUUGGGGCGAUUUUUAAAAUCCAGGUCACUUGGCACUACGUGCUAGUGCAUAGCGUCACGUCCGUUCCAUGGUUUCAUUGUGACGGGUGCUUUUUGUCUUGGUUACGGGGCUUUGUCUAGGGGCGCCUCAGGUGACCAGGCUUUGUGUCGCCACAAAAGGUGUAAUUGUGGCAGGUUGUUUUUAGCCGUCCUAGCCCAGGGUAAAGAGACCUAGAAGCGCUAGCUAGCUACACAGCCUGUGCGUGUGUAACAAGCUCGUACAAAAGCAGCCAUGCCCGCGAACGCUACGGUAGCUUUUCCGGACAAGCACGGUACAGAAGAGAUCCUGCGCCGAAGCGACCUGUCUAGUGACUCCGGUGGAAAAAACGCCAUCUUCAAGCGAAUCUGGGAGCCCGUCAACGCCAGCAGAAGGGUGGUGCUGAGUGACAAGGGGUCGCCUGACUUCCCGUACGGAAGCCGCUACUCAAGGCACCUCAACCCGUCUGUUUUCGGGGAUAGUCUCUGCAAGAGGCCCGCGACUUCCAGCGGAACAGUCCCUGCGGUCGAGAUGCACCCCCUCCCGAGGCCUGCCACCACCGGCUCCGGUAAAGUCCACUAUGUCAACUCGCUGGCUCCCUUCUCAACCCUGCAGAAGCCGACUUGUGGCUACUACUUCUCUCGAGAGAUCGACCAAAAGAAGAAAUGCAUCGGCAUCCCGGCUACCAACAUCGUCAAAUGGCGAUCGUAAGAACGCUUCAAAAAGCUCCCCAGCCAUGGAAAGAAGUGCAGUACUUUGUACAUAUACCUAAACCCCGUCGCUGCUUGACUUUUUGACAUGUAUAUCGUGUUACGACUCUAUUUUUAACAUGUGCACAGUGUGUAUACAGUAAUCACUAACAAUGACUCUGUGUGUGUAUUGUGACAUUUUAGUGCACACGCCGAAAUUUCUUUCACAUUGAGAUGCGAAAUGCUGCUAUAUUUUGAAAAAGUUUUACACGUUGCGCAGUCAGUUGGGCUGUGGGAAGAUAUAUUGAGAACCUUGUGGAUGAUUUUUCACUGUGAAAAUAUUGUUUCUGUAAGUGUACACUUUGGUGUUCGACUGUUGGUUGAAAUAAAUCCAUUACAUUUGA